AGGAGAAGAGAAAGACAGCGAGGAGGACGGGGAGACUCUGAAACUAAAAACUUCCAAAUAAAUAACGACAGUAGGCUAGACAGACUCCUUUGCCUGCCUGGAAAACUCCCUUUUCCUUCGGCUUCUCUCCUCUCCUCUGCUUUCCCUUUCCUUCUAUUACCAGGUUUCCUUUCCCUAGGAACUUUAGUGCUUAUAAAUAUAUAUCGGAACUCCAAUUUCGAGAACCAUAAUUUUAUUCCGUGGUUUUGAAGCGAUCUGACAUCUCUGUGCGUAGUGCGUUAAAAAAAUGUCAUACGCUUACCUCUUCAAGUACAUCAUCAUCGGCGAUACCGGGGUUGGAAAGUCAUGUCUUCUGCUACAGUUCACCGACAAGCGGUUCCAGCCAGUGCAUGACCUGACCAUUGGUGUGGAGUUUGGGGCCAGGAUGAUUACCAUAGACAACAAGCCCAUCAAGCUUCAAAUUUGGGACACGGCGGGUCAAGAAUCCUUCAGGUCUAUUACAAGGUCCUAUUACAGAGGGGCUGCUGGUGCGUUGCUUGUCUAUGAUAUAACGAGGAGAGAGACUUUUAAUCACUUGGCUAGCUGGCUGGAAGAUGCAAGGCAACAUGCAAAUGCAAACAUGACUAUAAUGCUUAUCGGUAAUAAGUGUGAUUUGGCUCACAGAAGGGCUGUGAGCACAGAGGAAGGGGAGCUGUUUGCAAAGGAGCAUGGAUUGAUUUUCAUGGAGGCCUCUGCUAAAACUGCCCAGAAUGUUGAGGAGGCAUUUAUAAAAACAGCUGCUACAAUUUACAAGAAGAUUCAGGAUGGAGUUUUUGAUGUAUCCAACGAGUCUUAUGGAAUAAAGGUUGGAUAUGGUGGAAUCCCAGGACCAUCAGGAGGCAGAGAUGGCUCUUCUUCUCAGGGUGGGGGCUGUUGCAGUUGAAGUUUGAGAUCUCAAUAGCUACACCAAAAGCAAUAUGUCUACCUUUCUCGUGCCUUCUCAUUGUUCCCCUCUUCUUUCAGACUUGUUUUAUAAUACGAGUACAGGAUAUAUAAUCCUUUCUGACGUCCGAUUUGAAUGUAAAUUUAACGGCUGUUUCAUUCAUCAAUAGAUGUGUUGAAAAGGAUUGCAAAGUUAGUUAUGAAAAAUGCAAGGAAUGCAUGCACUUUCUUGUUUUA